GCUCAAGCUUCUGCAGGCAGCGGGAUUUUCACUGAGCUCGAGGCAGAGGGAAGCCAGCGAGAGCUGGGGCUGAAGAACCCGCAGCGAGGCAGCACGACGAAGCAGAUGGGCCUCACACCUCCGAGGCCUCCCAGCGGUGUGGAGGCAGGACAGGAGUGAAGGGAAGGCUGCUGCAGGCAGAGGGGCUGCGGAGGCUCCCUCACAGGCUUCCAGAAGAAGGGCAGCUCGGUGGACGGCCCUGCUAUGCUGUCGAACGGUGUGGGGGACAGGCGUGGACAAGCUAUCUGCCUCCCUUCGAGGCCGCUUUGCCGGCCCUCCCCGCGUCCAUCCCCUCAGCCCUCGGGGCGUGGCGGGAAGGCGCCUCACGGCCCCUCAGGGCCGCCUGUGGCUCUUGCUGCAAUCUGGGCUAGGGGCUGCCCGUAGUCUUCCUUGGUUUCCCCACACUUUCUGCACGUUGCCACAUCUUUGUUUUCUCCCGUUCUCUGUCUUAAACUGUGACGGCUUGGGUUGUACUUCUGUGGAGUCCCGGUUUAGUACCGCUGCUGAGCCUCCCCUGAGGCUUUCAUAACUUCCCCUUGAAAUUACAGCUAAAGGGAGUAAUAACUGGUGCCGGCAGUGCUUGGUCCUGUGGUCCCGAGAGCUGCUGGAGCCCUGCAGUGAGGAGCAGUUACCAGAGGAGUGGAGUGCUUCAUGUGCAAGCACAUUGCUAUGCAACUGCACUGAGAAGGUACCAAGGAUACCGUCAACAACACAAAUAACUGCCGAGUUAUCGUGAGGAGAUGCACAAACUUAGCUGCCUCGUCAUUAUUUCACACUGAAGAGCAGGCAGCCCGAGCUGCAGAUGUUACCAAGUGUUUAAAUUCACUUCUUGUCUUUCAAGUUUCUUGCCACUUGUCUACAUGUUCACACGACAGGUAAGAAACCCUCCCAGCCCUAGCUUUCUAAUCCCUGGUGCCCAAGCCAUGCCCCAGGCCUCCAGAGGAUGGCUCAGUUGGGGAUUUAUGCUGGAUCAGCAAGUCAAUGUAUUGGAUGCUGCUGUGAUAAAUACACAGACAAAAGGAUGCCUGGUUUUGUCUUUCCCCCUGCUCCUCAGUACAGACAAUGUCUGACUGUCUUGCCCCUUCAAAACAGAAGCUGUGAACUGAAAUUGUAAGGGACUGGUUGUAUCAGUUGAAUGUUCAUAAAUCCUUGGGGCCUGAUGGGAUUCACUCCUGAGUACUGAAGGAGUCAGCGGAUAUUAAAACUGGACCUCUCAACAAUUUGUCAGAGGUCUUGGGAGUCUGGAGAGGUCCCUGCUGACUGGAAGCUAGUGAACAUUACACCUAUUGACAAGAAGGGCAUGAAAGAAGACCCAGGAAACUACAGACCCAUUAGUCUAACCUCAGUAUGUAGAAAAGGUAUGGAUAGGAUUAUCCUGGAGGAUAUUGAAAGGCAUGUAAAGAACAAAGCUAUUAUCGUGCAUAGUCAACAACCCUUCAUCAAGAGAAAGUUCUGCCUUAGUAAUUAGAUCUCCUACUAUGGUAAGGCCAUCCUCUUGAUGGAUGUGAAGGGAAGGCAGUGGAUAUAAUCUUUCUGGAUUUUAUAAGGCUUUAAAAAUAAAUUUAUAUUUUUUAUAAUUUUAUAAAUUUAUAUUUUUAUAGGGCCUUUGAUACCGUCCCUCACGGCAUCCUUCCGGACAAAUUGUCCAGCUGUGAGAUGAACAGGUUCACACUAUGCUGGGUGAUGAACUGAAUGAACGGCGGAGCUCAAAGGGUUGUAGUGAAUGGAGCUACGUUUCGCUAGUGGACGGUCACUAGUGGUGCUCCCCAGGGCUCAAUUCUAGGUUCGGUUCUGUUCAACAUUUUAAUCAAUGAUCUGGAUGCAGGAGUUGAACGCAUCCUUAACCAGUUUGCUGAUGAUACUAAACUGGGAGGUGUUGUUGACUCCCUAGAGGGACGAGAGAGUCCUUGCAGAGGGAUCUAGAUUGGAAAAUCAUCAACAGCAUCAAGUUCAACAAAGGAAAAUGCUGUGUUCUGCACCUGGGGUGAAGUAAUGCCGGGCAUGAAUACAGCCUGGGAGACGAGUGACCGGAGAGCAGCUCAGCAGAAAGGGACUAGUGCUGGGAGGUUCAGACUGAACGUUAGGAAAUCUUUUUUUACUGUGAGGGUUGUGAAACACUGGAACAGGCUUCCUAGUGUGCUGGCUGAUGCUCCAAGCCUGUCAGUGUUCAAGAGGCAUUUGGAUAAUGCCCUCAAUAAUUAUGCUUUAAUUUUAGUUUAGUGGUGAGGCAGCUGGGACUCAAUUAUCAUUUUAGGUUCUUUUCAGCUGAACUAUUCUAAUUCUAAUUUGCUUUACAAGGGAUUGAUUUCAUAGGCAGUUGGGACCUUUUAAGCAAUGAGGCUGACUGACCUCAGGCAGCAGAAGGAAGGUAUUUCUGUGUCUGGCUGCAGCAAGGCCUCAUUUCCCCUGCUGGAAAGCAAAAGCAGGACCAAAUGUCAAAGGCUGCCCUGGGACUCUCCCUUCGUCAGAGAGAGUGCUUAAUUCCCUCAGGUUGCAGAACUGCUGAAGAUGCAUGUGUGGGGAUAUCUGUCUACUGGUGCUGAGUUUGGAUGUGACUGUGUAGUGGAUCUGUGCUGUCUGUGGAGGAAAACUGGUGAGCCUCUGGAGAGCCGCUUGGCUGAAGCUGCUGAAACUGGUUUUGAGCUCCUGAGAUGACUGCUGCCUUCCUGAGCAUGUCCCAUCUUGACCUGGAGGCAGGGGGCCAACAUCCCACAGGCAGUUCCCACCGAGAUCCCAGGGAGCUGUGUUGGCGAGCGGUGGUUAGGUGUGACAGCGAGAUAAAUCAGGAGGCAUCUUGCGAGGGAGUGUGAAGUGAGGAUGCCCUGGCAGCAGCCCGCCAGCACAAGGUCUUCGUGGUGCUCUCUGGAUACAAGAACUCGCAGAACCCAAGAAAGUGCCUUGUGCAAACAGUCCCAGGCUUGUGUGGGGAAACCAAGAAACAAUCUGGACCCUCUCAAGGGAAGCUGCAACAGCUCAGCCAUCCCCAAGAACAGUGGCACUAGCCAAACCCAAGCAAGACUUUGGCAAGCACCAUGGCAGGUUUCCAAGUUUGCUCUGCAGGCCAUUGCAAGCCCUCGGACCAUAGAGCUGGCUCGGGCAAAAAGACUGAACCCUAACUAUGUGCCCCCGCGGGAUGCUCAGUGGCCAGUGACAAAGGCCGCAAAACAGGCGGUGGCCACACCGAGGCUUGUGGAACUGGCCCAGCCUCGUAAAAGGUAGGCACUGCUCCCCUGCCAUGGGGAAUGCUCAGUUGUCAGCCCCUUUAGUGCAGGCUGUGGCAGCUUGUUGAGUUGGGUUGGACACAUGUAAUUAAGCCCUGUUUGUCAGCUUCCAAAAGACAUGGAUUUUACAUGGUUGGAUGUGUCAGUGCUACAGGAAUUCUAGUUUCAAAAGCAUCUUUGAGGUUGAAGGAGAACUAAAAAAGAAGGAAUAAGAACUUUUUAAUACUAGUAGGAAUUACUGAUUGUAACAUCUCAAUUAUUAAUUGCAAUUAAAAAAAAAAAUCAACCAGCUGACACAGGGUAAAGUGUAGCACAUUCCUUUUGCCCAGCAUGGUGUAGCUGGCCUCAGCCCA